AUGAUCCCCAAUAUCAAGGACCUCGUCAAGAACCCGUUCCUCCUGACGCUUGCUCUCAAGGCUCUGCCUCGCAUGGUUGCCUCGAAUAGCGACCUGCCAAGCAUUCGUGUCACCCGAGUCGGACUCUACGACAUGUUUGUAGAGCAGUGGCUGGAAACGAAUCGACUACGUUUACAGUCGAACACACUGAGCAAGGAAGAACUGAUGGCAUUCAAUUCGCUGAUGGACUACGGUUUUAUUGGAUGCGGGAUCGACUACCUGCUACGUCUCUCUGCGGCGAUCUUUCAGGAGCAGGGUGGAUACCCGGUCGUCGAGUAUAUCCAUCGACAUGACAAGGACUCCUGGAAGGCGGUUUUCUUUGGUACUGACCCCGAGGCCAAGCUGCUCCGUGAGGCCAGUCCAUUGAUGCGCACUGGGAAUCAGUAUCGCUUUGUCCACCGGUCCAUGCUUGAGUAUUUCUUCUCACGCGUCAUCUACAACCCGGCCAAGGUUGACGAGCAGGACUCUGACUCCUCAAUUGAGACUACAUCUCCGGCAUCCAUUUCGUCCGACACCAAUGGCCCUCUGUACCAGAGAAACUUGCUCAAGGAGCCGUCGAUUAUCCAGUUCCUGUGCGACCGCGUGAGGUUCGACCCGCAUUUUGAACAAUACCUCCGCGCUAUCAUCGACCAGUCCAAGACCGAUUCCAGUGCCACCAUCGCCGCCACUAAUGCCAUUACGAUCCUGGUCAGGGUCGGCGCUCUGUUCAAUGGCGCAGAUCUCCGUGGCAUCAAGAUCCCUGGCGCCGAUCUUUCCUAUGGCCAGUUCGACUCUGUACAGUUCCAAGGCGCUGACCUGACAAGAGCCAAUCUCUCGGGAAGUUGGUUGCGGCAAGCGGAUCUGAGUCAUGCACAGAUGGAGGGCGUCCGGUUCGGAGAGCUGCCAUACCUCAAGGUGGGGUACACUAUAGCAGCCUGUGCCUACUCGCCUGACGGAAGGAUGCUUGGAGUGGCGUUAAGGGAUGAAGGCCUUGGCAUCGGGAUAUACGACACGUCCACAUGGGAACGAAUUCAUCUAAUCACUGUCAGUGACAAUGUCCGAUCUGUUGUAUUCUCGCCUGAUAGUCGACGAAUCGUAUCUGGAGACGAGAUGGGAAUGGUUCGGUUCGCGGAUGGAACAAUUCGGUUUUGGGACUCGGAGACAGGAGAGCGAGGGGUCGUCUUGCGUCCUUUGUUGGGGAAGAUUUACAGUCUUGCCUGUUCUCCAGACGGCCGAUGGAUAGCUUCCGGUCACGAGGACGGCAAUGUGCGGCUGUGGAAUAUGGUCUCCGGUAGCCCAGGUCUUGUUCUACAAGGCCACGCCAAGACUGUUACUGGAAUCGCAUUCUCUCCGGACGGUCAAUUGAUCGCCACUACGAGCAACGACCGCAGGGUCAUGUUAUGGGACGCAUCCACAGGCGACAUUAUUUCCACGUUUGACGGUCACUGGCACCAUACAUCUGACAUUGCCUUCUCUCCGGAUGGUCUUACCAUUGCAUCGGGAUCUGAUGACGGAACAGUGCUAUUAUGGGAGGUGAACACCAGUCGGUCCAGAGUUGCGAUACAAGAUCAGAUCGGUGACUCUUGUCUGGUGGCCUACUCUCCCGAUGGCCUAUCUGUACUCUCUAUCGGUCUCGUACCUGUCCUCUCUAAGCAUCGUCCUGGCGUUAUCCGACAGGGGAAUGCUAAGACAGGAUCGCGCGGAUCAGUGUCGUUUGAGUUUCCGGACCCAGAGAGGAUCAACUGCGUGGCGUUUUCGGCGGACGGCAAUCAAGUCGCAACCGGGUGCGGGAAUGGUUCAGUGCGAUUGUGGGAUCGCAGAACUGGCGCAGUUGGGCCAGUCUUGAAUGGGCAUUCGGGCGCGGUGAAGAUUGUUGCUUAUUCAACCUGUGGUCGCUGGAUCGCCUCUUCCGAUGACGAUGGGAUUGUCCGAUUGUGGGACUUUCAUGGCACGGUGCAGCAAUGCAUUCUUGUCGGCGCGAGCGGAGGCUAUGACAACGAGAUUAACGACAUGAAGUUCUCACCAACAGGCCAUGAACUUGCGGUCUGCUCGGGGGACGAAAAAGUCCGGCUUUUCGAUCCACAAACAAGAGAGCUCUUGAUGUGCAAGCUGAUGAGGUGGCCGAUUUGGUCAUUGGACUACUCGCCCAAUAGUCAGCAGCUGGCUUUAGGCACUCGGAACUCGGUUGCCUUGUGGGACCGGCGGUCGAAUGAGCCUAGUUUGGAGUUGUUCCCGGAUGCUAGUUCGGAGGGUCCGAUUAGUAGGAGCGUGACCGUCGCCUACUCGCCAUGCGGUCAGUUUCUGGCAUCCUCCACCGAGGACCACAUUGUGCAUCUCUGGCACCGACAUUCGAUCCAAGGGAAUAUCGAGAGCUGGUCUUGCGUAGUAACGCUUCGUGUGUUUUCUGAGCCUGUCGUAAGCCUGUCUUGGAAUCCAGUUGUCCCGACGGAGUUCAUCACAGCUAGCAUGGAUGGGUCUGUCCGAGUAUGGCGAGUGUCGAGCGAUGAUGGAGUGGUUGUCGUCAAGAUGCUAUGGGGUACUAAUCUUAGGAGGCUUUGCUGUGAAGGUGUGGUCCUCAAAGGUGCGACUGGUCUGAGCCCGAUCUACCGCAAGUUGUUGGCACAGCGCAGUGCUUUUGAUAGGGGCUUGUCUUUAGAUGACGAUGGAUCUGAUGAUGGGCCUGAAGAGGACGGUGGAUUUGAAGAUGGAUUUUACGAUGGAUUUGAGGUUGGGUCUAAGGACUACGAUGAAAUUGACUAUUGGCUUGAAGACGAUAACGGAUCUGACGAUGAGUCUGAAGAUGAGGAGUAG